UCGUCCGUGCGGGAGAUCUUUGAACAAUAAAACUAUAAUGAAAUGCUAAUCCCCCAGAAAUAAUCAGAAAAACAAAAAAGCAAGAAACAACUAAAUCAAAACUUAAAGUGUGGUGUCAAGUGUGGAGAUUGUAGAACUCACGAGUUCUCAAAAUACAAUUCGUAAUAGUUAAAAAAUAAGCUAAUUAAAGAAACUAUAAGGAUGAGUCUGCCGUCGGGCGUGGACAUGCAGAAUCUGAUGUCGCAGCAUCCCGUUCUGGGCGCCCUUCCGCCCGCCUUCUUCUUGCGCGCCGCCUCCGAAAGAUAUCAGAGAACGCCCAAGUGCGCCCGCUGCCGGAACCAUGGAGUGGUCAGCGCCUUGAAGGGUCACAAGCGCUACUGCCGCUGGCGGGACUGUGUCUGCGCCAAGUGCACUCUGAUUGCGGAACGUCAGCGGGUAAUGGCAGCUCAGGUCGCCCUGCGUCGCCAACAGGCCCAGGAGGAGAACGAGGCCCGUGAACUGGGCCUCCUGUACACCUCGGUUCCUGGCCAGCAGAAUGGCAACAGCGAUAGUGCCACGCCCACCCCGCACAGUCCCAAUCACAGUGGCAGCGGAGGAUCGGCUAAUGGAGGUUCCGGCCAGAACGGCGUCUUCCACGGCGGUAUCCCUUCGCCGCCCAGCGACGGCUUCGAGGCCAGCUCCACUCCCAAUCACCACCAGCCGCAGCAGCAGCAGCAGCAGCAGUCCCAGCACCACCACCACCAGCAGCCACAUCCUCAGCAGCAGCAGCACCACCAGCACCACCAGCUUGGCCACCAUUCCCAGCAGUCGCAGCGCUUCAAUGGCAACGAGUCCGACACGGAAGGACGCACCCGCUCCGAACACCUCAGCGUUGGCUUUUCGCCCACGAGAACCGAGCUGGACGAGAGUCCCGUUUCCAAACGCGGUGCUGCCUUGUCCAACGAAACCGACCAGGACACUGGCUCUGAAUCGGGAUCGCCCAGCAGUCCACGUCCCAAGGUAGCUGGACUCUUCAAUCUAACCGCCAGCCUGUCGCCCGCCCGCACCGGACCGCCCAGCUCACCGGAGUCCGACCUGGAUGUGGACUCGGCGCCGGACGAGGCCACGCCGGAGAACCUUAGCCUGAAGAAGGAGGACAGCCAGAGUCCACCCAACACGCCCGCCGAGAACCUUCACUUGCUGCGCUCCUUUGGCAGCAGUCAUGGCCAGGGCUUCCUGCCCUAUCACCACACACAGUUCCUGGCCGCCGCCGGACUACCAGCUCACCACCACCCGCCGGAGCAGCCGCCUAAUCUGCCGCAGCAUCCGCAGAACCUGCAGCAGCAGAGAUCCCCCAUCGAUGUCCUGAUGCGGGUCUUCCCCAACCGACGGCGCAGCGACGUGGAGCAGCUGAUGCAGCGCUUCCGCGGCGAUGUCCUCCAGGCCAUGGAGUGCAUGCUGGCUGGCGAGGAUCUGGGCCAGACGCCAACGCCGCCGCAGGUGCCGCCCUCGCCGCCCUUCCCCAUGAAGUCGGCCUUCUCGCCGCUGGUGCCGCCCUCGGUCUUUGGCUCGCCCACGCACCGCUACCAUCCCUUCAUGCAGGCCCAUGCCAAGCGGUUCCUGUCCGCUCCCUAUGCCGGCACGGGCUACCUGCCCGGCGUCCUCAGUGCGGCGGACAUUGAGCAGUCGGAGUCGAAUGGAGCCGGAGGCAUUGGGCUGGAUCGCAGCAGCAAUGCUGGGGACUCCCAGGAUUGA